AUGACCUUCCCUCCCCCACACCCUUCCGCCCAAUCCUCGAUUGCUUCUGGCACCGAUAAAUCUUCCUCGACCAGGACCGAGAUUGGUGCCUGGGGUCGGUCCUCGUCGCAGUCCGGAAUCCGUCGUGGGUUGACUCCCCUCGCGACCAACCUUUCCUCCUCCGCCGUCCCCUCCACAUCUGCCCGGGGCUUGGACGCAGGCCCUGGGGCUUCGACACCUUCUUCAUUCUCGGCUGUUCUGAGCUCCGCCAGGGCUCUUUCCGGGGGUAGCCCGAAACCUGCACCCUCUCCGUUCACUUCGCUGCAGUCGGGUUCACAGCAGCAAGCCCAGUCACUUUCCUCACCCAAGUUUCGCGCACACACCCCUUCCUCGGGUUCUCAUUUCCCCUCCGCAGCAGGCCCCAUCCCCGGUAGUGGAGGAACUGGGGGCGGUGGUGGACCCGGAUCGUCUAGAGGUGUUGCCUUUUCACCACUUUCGUCCGGCACAACCGUGAAUUCACCUACGGGCUUCGCUUCCGAUAAGCCAGGCUCAGCAGCUCACUCAAGCCAGUCAUCUCUCACGAAGAUUUCGAUUGCGCAAGUAUUCCUCCUGUUGGACUCGAUCACAGAGAAGGAAGGCAAAGAAAAGUGGGAAACAAAAGCUGCUCAAAUCCACAAGCUUGUCUCAUCCAACGGAAUGGAGGUCUACUCAAAGUAUUUCCGCCGCCUGCUUACAGGCAAUGCCCCGCAGAUCUUCCCCGGCGUGAAUAAGCCUGUUGAAAAUGCCGGCAACUACCCCCUCCUGGUCCAGGAAAUGCAGAAGGUCGCUCUAGACAUUGAACAAGCACAGAAGAUUGCUGACACGGUCGACACCUCUGAGGGAGAUAUCUUCCGCGAUUUCGACCUCUCUACCUUUUUGGAUCACUUCCGCCUCGACCCUGUUAUGAAGGUUUCGCUUGCAUUGGCCUUUAAGCUGACGAGCAAGUCUGAUCUUCGAGCCAAGGCCGAUGCCAUUCUCUCAAACUCCAUUACUCCCUUCCUUUCCAGCCUGGCGAAUCCCUCCGAACCGACCAAAGACUUCCCGAACUCUUUCCUUGGCAUGACAAUUGAACGAUUCAUCCUAUACCCCCCGCGCAAUUUCACCAAUGAGGUCAAGGCGAAGCUGGUUUACGCAAGCAAUGUCCGCUUCCAAAAGCUCGCCCUGGAUAUGCCCCUCGAGGUUUCCUCAGCCUUGCAAAUGUUCAACUUUGUCGAUCCCGAAUACACUCUCGUCCGACAGCUUCACGCUAAGGGACCUCGUGCCACCGCGAAUACCGAGGCCAUCACGGAGGUUAUCAAUGCUUCUGGGCCAGAUGCUUGGAGUGAGGAACACUUGGCCAGUGCGAUGCUCUUUAUGAUCUUGUCGCAGUACUGGCAACAAUUCUCGCUGGAGACUCUUCUGAGCGCAUAUGCGGGCAAGCAAAUCAAUUGGGCUCUGGUCCUCCGGAGCUUUGAUCGCGAAGGGUUGCGAGUUGACCCCCAGCAAUUCUCUCGGCUGUUUGAUGUGCUCUCCACCGUCGCUGCCAGUGACUCCUCUCUGGACCUUCAAAAGCUGUGGGGCGGAGACUGGGAGCAUCGUGAUGCACAGAUCUCUCUUCUGACGGCUUUCAUUGCCUCGCGCCCAGACCCAACGGUCAUUCCUAACCUGCGUGCGACAUUCCCUGAAGACUUCUUUGAGGACGCCCCGGAGUUUGUCAAGGUGCAAGGUGAACGUGCCGCCAAGUCCCCUCUUCGCUCCAUAGAUGCGAUAAAGGCGAUCUUUGAUGUCGUGCUGUUCUCGCAGUCUUCGUGGGCUGCAACAGAGAGCCAGCUUCUCAUUAAAGCCGUUGUUCAGCUCGAUCUUCCGAUUUUCCUCAUUUCGGCUCUCACGAUUAAACAGCCAUGGACCGAUGUUCAGACCAACUUUGUUCUGCGUACUUUCAUCGUGUUCCUCUCGAAGCAGGAAGAAGGGUACCAGCUGGCUCUGAAUGGAGCUUGGCGCCAGGACCGUCAAUGGGUGGCAGGGAAGCUCUUCGAUGCGUUCACGCAGGAUCCAACUUCCACUGCAAUGAUCUAUGAGCAUGCCGCCGAGCACGGAUGGCUUGACUAUCUCCUCGGAUUUACCAAUGGCUUGGCUCUGGAUCUCGCCUGCUACUCCCACCGCAAGAGCAACUUCGACCUCGAGCAAUGGGUUCGCAAUGCUUCUCAAAAGGGUCACAUGAACAUGGGCGAUCUCUUGUCUAAGUUCCUCCGUAUCAAGGCUGAGGAUGAGCUCCAUGUGCAACGAAAGGAACAGCCGGUACCGCAGAUGGUCAGCCUUGCUGUGAAGACAGUGUACACGCUUCUGUCCGUCUUGGAGGAGUACGUCGGCGAUCGUGAGAACCUCACUCCUGUUCAACGUAUCUGCAUUCAGACCUAUCCUCGACUGAUCAACUAUGGCGAGGGGUAUGACGAUAUCAUUGACGCGAAUGGUGAGAAUGGCAAUUCGCUCCCCGAGGCAAUUGAUAAGCAGAUGCAAGAUCUGUUCGGCAAGAUGUACCACGAGGAACUUUCUUUGCGUGAAAUGUUGGAGUUGAUGCGGCAGUACAAGUCAUCUCGGGAUCCUACUGAACAGGAUCUCUUUGCCUGCAUGGUGCAUGGCUUGAUUGACGAGUACCACUGCUACCACGAGUACCCUCUUGAGGCUCUGACCAAGACUGCAGUCAUGUUCGGAGGUAUCAUCAACUUUAGACUUGUGGAUGGAAUUACACUCAAGGUUGGUCUCGGCAUGAUUCUCGAGGCUGUCCGAGAGCACGAAGUGCACGACCCGAUGUACAAGUUUGGUGUGGAGGCUAUCGAACAAUUAAUCACCCGUCUCACCGAAUGGGCUGGAUUCUGUCACCUGCUCCUCCAGAUUCCGACUCUGCAAGGUACUCAAAUCUUCCAGAAAGCUGAGGACGUCCUUCAUGAACAAGGGUCACAACUCGGUGAGGGCGAGCGAUUCGAUGACUUCGGUCCUACCACCUUGCCCAAUGGCAACAACGACGAUGCCUCCGCGACAGACGGCAGUCCCAGGAAAUUCCGCUCUAUCCAGGUUGAUCCACCUCUUCGUUCGGAUAUUUAUCACGAUCCUGACGAGGACAUUCAAGACAAGAUUCUCUUUGUUUUGAACAACGUUUCAGAGCAAAACAUCGAUGAGAAGCUUCGGGAUUUGCGUGAAGUCUUGCGCAACCAGCAUCACCAAUGGUUUGCUGCGUACCUGGUUGAAGAGCGUGCGAAGUUGCAGCCCAAUUUCCAAAAGCUCUACCUCGACCUUCUGGGCCGAAUUGACGACAAGAUCCUUUGGGCUGAGGUCCUCAGAGAGACCUACGUCAGUCUCUCAAAGCUUCUGAACUCUGAAGCUACCCUCACCUCUUCCACGGAUCGUGGUCACCUCAAGAAUCUCGGCGCCUGGCUUGGCUCAUUGACAAUCGCGAAGGACAAGCCCAUCAAGCACAAGAAUGUGUACUUCAAGGGCCUGCUUUUGGAAGGCUAUGAUACCCAGCGCUUGAUGGUUACCAUCCCCUUUACCUGCAAGGUCCUUGUUCAAGCCACCAAGUCUCGGGUCUUCAGGCCUCCAAACCCAUGGUUGAUGGACAUUUUAGGUCUCUUGCUUGAACUGUACCAUUACGCGGAGCUCAAGCUCAACCUCAAGUUCGAGAUUGAGGUGUUGUGCAAGGAUCUCGACCUUGAUCACAAGACUAUCACACCAGCCAUCAUCAUUCGUGACCGUACCGCCAAUGUUGGCGAGGAAGCUCUGCCGCCGGUGGCUGCCAAUAUUCCCGAAGGGUUGGAGCCUUUCAAUGAUCUGGCCAUCGGUCCUCUGGCUCAAGGCAUCCAGAAUGAGCGUUUGUCGCCAGCUGCAAUCAUGUCAACACUGCCUAGCCUUGACAAGAUCCUUGUCCUGCCUCCCUCGGCGAGCAGCAUGGUUGAUCCCAGCAUUCUUCGCCAGAUCGUCCACACUGCGGUUGAGCGUGCCAUCGCGGAGAUCAUUACUCCAGUUGUGGAACGCUCUGUCACUAUUGCCUCCAUCUCCACUGUCCAGCUCGUCUCGAAGGACUUUGCUACCGAGCCCGACGAGGAGAAGGUGCGACAUUCUGCUGGUAUCAUGGUCCGACAACUGGCUGGAAGUCUUGCCCUUGUUACGUGCAAGGAACCGCUUAAGGUCAGCAUGACCAACUACAUCCGCAUGAUCCAACAAGAGUACUCUGAUCAGCCUAUGCCCGAAGGCUUGAUUCUUAUGUGCGUGAACGACAAUUUGGAUGCUGCUUGUGGUAUCGUGGAGAAGGCCGCCGAGGAGAAGUCCCUGCCUGAGAUUGAGAAGGUCAUCGAGCCACAGCUGGAGGCACGCCGGCGCCACCUCGCUACCCGGCCAAAUGAGCCAUUCGUGGACCCUUCGAUGAACCGCUGGGGUCUCUUCAUUCCCGAGCCUUAUCGCCAAAUGCCCGGGGGCUUGAACAAAGAACAGUUGGCGAUCUACGAGGAGUUUGCACGCCAAUCCAGAGGCUCCGUCACAGCUCAUCCCCAAAACGUUUCCACGGACUCUGGUCGUCAGAUUCCUGAUGUUCUACAGGAGGCUUUCCCUCCACCAAUCCCCAACCUGUCAACCCCCGCUGAACAGCCGGCUGUUCCUCAUCGCACUCCACAAGCGCAAAAUGCGGCCGCUCAGAUGGGUGUUCCCACGAACGGUUUCCUCGAUGCCCAAAGCCCACGGGAGCGUGUCGAGUCUAUGAUCUCUGAGCUCCAGCUUUCUGCUCGGAAUGCUCCCGAGGAGCACAUCAAAGAUCUUGGUCGGGACAGUACUGUUCUUCAGGAAUACAAUCAGGCCAUGCGCGCUAUUCUUGCUUCACCAAAUGGGGAGGAGCUGGCCCGUUUAACCUCACUGAAGAUCUGCACCACCCUCUACUCCCAGGCCUCUGGAUCUCUGGAACUUGAGAUUCUUGUUCACCUUCUCGCCAAGCUCUGCGAUAUGUCCUCCCUCAUCGCACGGUAUACCUGGGCGCUCCUGGCUGAGAUUGAUGACGAGCACAUGUUCAACGUGCCUGUCACCGUUGCUCUCAUCGAUGCCGGUCUGCUAGACAUUCGCCGGGUCGAUAUGGUCCUAACUCGUCUCAUUCUCCAGAAGAAUGUCAGCGCACUAGAGCUUCUCGAGAACCUGAUGAACCGUGUGCUGUUCAAUGACGAGCCUUCGGCUCUUCGGUCCGACUUCUCCGGAAGUUUGGAAGCCAUGAGCCAGUGGCUCGCCGAAGAUGCAAAUGUUGCUCCCGCCUUGGAGAUUGUCCGCAAGCUGCGCGAUGUCGGCAUCCCUGAAGUGGUCAACCCGCUUCUUACCGACCAGGCUCGGUCCAAGCGCGACCAGAUGGAGUACAUUUUCAGCGAAUGGAUUGGUGUCUACAAGGCCUCCGGUGCCAGUGAGCGCACUUACCUGUCCUUCCUUCAGGACAUGCACAAUCGCCAGGUCAUGAACUCCCAAGAAGAUUCGGCCCUCUUCUUCCGUCUCAGCAUCGACAUCUCGGUGGCCAUGUUUGAGCAUGAGUCGCAGAACCCCAACGGCAGCCUUGACGAAGCAUUCCUGUAUAUUGACGCUCUCGCUAAGCUAGUCGUCCUUCUGGUUAAGCAUCAAGGGGAGAGUACUGGCGCUGUCAAGGCCGAUAAGCCUUCUUACUUCCACUCUAUCUUGUCCGCUCUCGUGUUGGUCCUCAAUAACCACCAGGUUAUGCGGGGAGAGGCGUUCAAUCAGCGUGUCUUCUUCCGCUUGUUCUCCAGCAUUCUCUGCGAGUAUUCAUUGGCUGACCUGCAGCACCAUGAACAGCACCAGGGCAUGAUCUUCGCCUUGGCGAACAAGUUCCUGUCGCUUCAGCCUCGCUACGUGCCCGGCUUUGUGUACGGAUGGUUGUCCCUCGUUUCCCACCGUGUUUUCAUGUCCGACAUGCUCAACAUGCCCGAGCGCGCUGGUUGGGCUCCCUAUUGCGAGAUCAUGCAAGCUCUGCUUUCGUACAUUGGCGAGCAGCUCAAGGCUGCUGAAAUCCACUAUGUCGCCAAGGACUUGUACAAGGGUGUGCUUCGCAUUCUGCUGAUCCUCCACCACGAUUUCCCUGAAUUCGUCGCCGAGAACCACUUCCAAUUCUGCAAUGUGAUUCCUGCGCACUGCGCUCAGCUUCGCAACUUGGUUCUCAGUGCCUACCCUUCGUCCUUCCAGAAACUCCCGGAUCCGUUCCGCGAAGGACUCAAGGUUGAGCGCCUCGAGGAGAUGCGGGAGAUCCCCAAAAUCGCUGGCGACAUCGCUGCCCCUUUGCAGCAAGCUAAUAUCAAGCACGUCAUUGAUGCUGCCCUGCAAAGCGAUCAGGCUUCCGAUACCGUUGUGCAGCAGAUUUGCGAGGCUGUCGUUACUGCCGAGCCUAGAGAGACUGCUCUCUUCUACGUCCCGAUCAAUGUGGAUGUUGUUCUCGUGAACGCCCUGGUCCUCUACAUUGGCCAACAAGGUGUUGAGGAACAUGCCUCGAAGAGCAACACUCGCAGUGCUUUCGAGACCUCGGCCCAUGCCACCCUUCUGGAGAAGCUUGCCCAGGCCAUGCAGCCUGAGGCCCGUUACUACCUGCUGAGCGCUAUGGCUAAUCAGCUGCGCUAUCCCAACAGCCACACUUACUUCUUCAGCUUCACAAUCCUGCGCUUGUUCGGUGUCGACUUCUCCGAGACCGAUGAUUCUGAUAUCCGCCAGCAGAUCAUCCGUGUCCUUCUGGAGCGACUGAUCGUCCACCGUCCACACCCUUGGGGUCUUAUCAUCACCCUGCAGGAGCUUCUCCAGAACCGAAGCUACUCCUUUUUCCGCCUCCCAUUCAUCCAAGCGGCUCCCGAGAUCGGUCGACUCUUCGAUGCCCUGCUCCAACACAUCCAACAGCAAAGCCCCCGCCCCGCCGCAUAG